CUAAGGAAAAUAAUCUCUGUAUUUGAUAAACCAAACAUGAAUCUAAAGCCUAAAGAUGUCGCUCUGAAAAGUGGCAUUGGAAAAUCCAAAAAAUCUGUGAACAAACUGUUAUAUCACCUGGCAAAGAAAAAGGUGCUUACAGUAACAUUCUCUGAUGGCAAAGAUCCUAAAUGGAACAAAGAUCCAUCAGCUCAGUAUAGUGACAGAGAUUUACAUGAAUGGGCUGCAGAAUUAGAAUAUAGGAUCACAAGACUCCCUGCCCCAGCUGGAGAUGAUAUGGUUCCGACUGAAAUAAAAUUAAUGGCUGACAAAAGAUCUGUUCCCUUGUACCUCAAAUUACUGGAGUCAGGGUCUGAGAAAAAGAGAGACAUACGUUUAGUAAUAGUUGGGAAGAAAGGUGCAGGAAAGACAUCAUUGAUUAAAAGAUUGUUCUCUGAAGAGAAUACAGAUGUAACCAGUACAAAUGGGAUAGAAAUUCAUACAAGAAAAUGCAAAGCAAUGACUGAUGAUGGCAUAUGGAAUAAAUUAGACGGAUCAAAUGAAGAAACUGAAAUUCAUGCAAGACUCUUGAAACAAUACAAAGGAACAAUUGAAGCAUCAGUAGAAGAAUUAGAAAGAGCACAUGAGGCUGUUAAUGAAAACCCCCUUAUAACUGGUCUGUACAAGGGUAUUGAGGAAGCAAAAGAAUCAGAGACAUUAACCCAGCAGCCUAAAAAAAGAGAACUUCAAGUAACCACUGAAUCUCUAGUUAAACCUCCAGUAACCUCACAGCAACAAAAUCAAGCAUUAGAACAGGCAAAAAUGGAUAUUGAAAACAUGCUUAAAUCAAGUGUUGAUUUAGAUGACAAAGAGGAGUAUGCCACAUUAUUUUUGUGGGAUUUUGCAGGAGAUGAAGAAUUUUACCACACACAUCAAACCUUUCUGUCCUCAAGUUCAAUUUAUCUUGUUGUAACAAAACUCAAUGAAGCUGAUGACAAAAAAGCACAAGAUUUAUUCCAGUUAUGGAUGGACUCUAUCCAUUGUUACAGUAGACUGGAAGAGGACAAAAGUAAUUCGGCUGACAGCCAGACAUUAGAUGAUCUUGAUCCACCAGUAGUUAUUGUUGGUACUUGGAAAGAUACAUUGACCCCUAAUGUAGAAGAGAUUGAUGAUGCAUGCAGAGAAAAUAUGUUUAAGUUUACAGAGAAUAUGUCAGAAGAUGAACUAAGACAUAUAAGGCAAGAAUACUUCAUUUCCAAUACAGAAGAUGAUCCCAGUGUAUUCCAGCAUAUCCGAGAAGACAUCCUUAACUUAGCCAGAAAAAUGAAAACAUGGAACAAAGUUUACCCCUUAAAAUUUAUUCAGCUGGAAAAACGACUUCAAGAGAAAAAAAAGGAGUUACCAAUUAUUUCUUUUGAAGCAAUUCAGCACAUAUCUACUGACACACCUAAUCCACUAAAUGACGAGGAACUUAGAUUGUUCCUGGAAUUUCACCAUGAGAUCAGAGCUUUGGUUUAUUUCCAAGAUCUUCCUUCUUACAUUAUUUUAGAUACACAGUGGUUGUCUGAUGCUUUUAGAUGUAUAGUCACAGCACAAAAAUUUAGAGCUAUUAGUACUAGAAAUAGAAAAAAAUGGGAUGAAUUGUAUAGUAGAGGCAUAUUACAUAGUGAGGUUUUAGACGACAUAUUUAAAAAAAGUGAAAACAUUUUUUCAAAACACAAAGAUCACAUCCUGAACGUAAUGGAGAAAUUUGAUAUCAUUAUACGUCCUAACACAUGUUACAUAUCUGAAAAUCAAAGAGAUGCUGGUGAUGACAAACCUCUCUAUUAUGUACCUUGUAUGAUUAAAUCAGAACCGGAGUGUGAUAUAUACGAAAUGUUUAAUGUUACAGAAAACACAUGUACUAAGUCCACCUGGUUAUGUUAUAAGUUUAGGUUUCUUCCACCUCAUUUAAUGAAUCAUUUGAUUGCAUCACUGUGCAGGGAAUAUAAAGUUGCAGAAGUUGUCUUUAAGGAACAGAAAAGACAAAUUGCUCUUUUCGGGGGCUCAGCUGUCUAUGAGUUACAGAAAACGACAAAAUUAGCAAAAUUAUAUAUAAUGAAAUGUCCAAAUUGGAUUCAAAUUCAGGUUUGGCAAUUUGGAAAAGGACAUGAAGGAGGUAUGUACAAAUACAUUGAUGACUUCGUGACAGAGGAAAUUAUCAAGAUAAUAAGCACAAGAUUUAAGAUGUCUAAUGUGAACUUUGAGAAAAAAUGGGAAUGUGGCCUUACAAAACCAGAGUCUGUUACAGGAUCAAAUGAUUUUGGUGAAGAGCAUAUUACAGACUAUUACUGUGAGACAUGUACAUGCACCCAUAUAUACAUUGGUGAAUGGCAAGAUCUGAAAAGUAGAGUACCUUGCCCGCCCCAGAGUUGUGAGAUUAAACCAGUCAUGCAAGUAACAAAUCCUAACAUAGAAAGCAUCAGUCAAGUCCAAACUACAUCCUCUAAGGUGUGUGUCCGUGUGAAAGCUAGUAAGAGAGACAUUUCAAAUAUCCAUGAUGAGUCAACAGCAGCAGCCAGUUUGACAGGGUUCACAAAAGAGGAAAUCAACUUUACAAAGAUGGGAAUGAUUGCUCUAAAUAUUCUUGCUGAUGUUUUAUAUGAUCUAUUAAAACCAGAUAAACCACAUCUACGUCCAAGGUGUGGUUGUGAUAUAUCAUACUUAUACAGUGAGCACAGGAAACUUAAUAAACAUGUUCCAAGUAAUUCAAACCACCGACGUUGUCCUCCUGGACCAUGGGGAGGGAAUUGGCCAGAUAUUCAGAAUACCGACAUAGCUAUUGGAGAUGAUAUUGAGCGCAUAAGACUGACAAGAAACGAAUUACAACACUUUGAUAUAUUUCAAAUUAAUGAUACACGUUUCAAUGAAUUAUGUCGCAUAUUAAGCGAACUUUUGAAACGCUUUGAUCACUAUAACAAACCAACAAGGCUCUAUACAGAUCAACUAAAUGAAAUUUUGGCAAAAACUGUUUCGGCAGAGGAAGUGAAAUCAAUUGAAAAUGAAAUAUCAGGAAUGGCUAUUGAAGUUGAAAUAGAACACCAAAUCAAUGUUCCAACACAAUAGAGAAAUAAGCUCAUCUUCACAACUAACAUAUAUAUGUAUACAUACUACCACAGCAACAGAUUUGCAGUAGACCAAUCCUACAUGUAUAGAAUCAAUCAUCUUUAAUAGCACAAGGACCCCACUGGAAAUAAGUUUUAACAACUUUUGUGGGUCAUCCUAAGGUAUUAGGCUACAGUGAAAAUCUAGUCUUUUUAAAUUUCACUCAUUUUUUAAUCUAGUCUACUCAUAUUAUCAAAAUAUAAUGACAAUUUUCAUAAUUUUAUUUUUUUUAAAUUAUAAUUUAUAGUAAUCAUGUAAAUCAUUUUAGUGUCUAUGUCUAGUGAUAUAUCUAUGUCAUUGUAAUUUAAUGUAUCUGUAUUCUGUUAAAUGCAUGCCUUUUAUCUUGAAUAUAUAUAUAUAUAGCUUAAAUAGAGUAGCAGAAAAUAAUUAGCAGGAUAAAAAAAAAGUAAAUAAAAGUGGAAUGAUUAAACUAAAGUUAAAAAAUGGACUAAUGGACUAUUAUUAAACUGUUUCAGUAUUAUUUUUUAAAUGUUAUCACAUGCAUGCAGCAAAUACUGUAAUGUUUAUACUGCUAAUUAAUUAUGUACAUACAGCGAAUACUUGUUUAAACAUAUAUAUUUAUGUGUAAUAAUGAUAGGUAGAAGAUUGUUUUCAGUACAGUCAGUUGUGGAAAAAAUCUGUAUUUUGACCUUCAAAUUUCUUCAUUUUUCUGUGGGAUGCUGUUUAAUUGCUGUAUAUCAACUAUCCUGUUUAAUUCAUAAAGUCAAAUUGGUUAGGUCAUAGGUAUAUAUUUCUUCAGAUAGAAUGUUCUUAUACUUUGACUAAACAUGCUAAAUGAAGAUUAUACUAUGCUUUUUUCAGAAAUAUAAAAAAAGUAUGGGUCACUGUGCUAUUUUCCAAGCUACAUGCAGGACUCGUUGAAAAUUGCCUAUAGUUUGUUAGAUUGUUUAUGAAAAAACACAUUUGUUCUAUGAGAUAGUAUUUUGAAAUAAAUUGUGAGAAAAUAGGUUUUAUAAUAUGUUUUAAGAAAAUAAAAUGAUAAA